GGGCGGUGUUCACCUCUGAACACAUGAACCGUGAGUGGACGCGAAGAAGAAGAAGAUUCCGGAAAGAAACAUGGCCGCGGUGUCGGACAGCGGAGUGAAACCUCUUCAAAAUGCCAUGAAAAUGGCGAACGUCGCGAUUGAGCUGGACGGAGGAAGCAAACACAAGGACGCUUACUGUGAAUACCUCCGGACCAUCAACUACAUAUCACAUGCACUGUUGGAGGAGGCUGCGUCGCAACAGGAGAGGGAGAUGGUGGUGGUGGAGGUGGAGCGGAUGUUGAGGCUCGCUGAGCAGUGUCUGGAGCGAGCCAAGUCUUUUAUAGAGAAGAGUGCCGACCCCCUUGACCUCUCAACCUCUGCCUCCGCUUCCUGUUCCCCUGCCCACUCCGAACCCCAUCACACCACAGAGCUCCCAGUCGCCCCUGCUGCAGACUCUGGAACAAGAUCAACAAAGACCGGUCACAGCCGGGUGUCGUCAGACGGAAGCGGGGAGCACUCCCCCUUCCUCCCCCCCGAAGUCUUCCAGAGGCUACAAACAGAGGAGUCACAGGACACAAGCAAAAAGUGAGGUCAAAUAUUGCUCCAUUCAAAAUCAGAUAAUCUCUGAGGUGAACAACACAGACGAUAACAGGGAUUUCUAAG